AGAAUCGAGGAACACGUCGCGGGAGUGCAGAGCCUGCGGGAUCUUAUCAUCAUACGCGACAAAGACAACAAUAACGGCAACGGCAGUGGGAAUUCGAAUAGCCGCAGCUCACAGAAUGGACAACCAGGUCCAGAUGGGAACCUCACGGCUGCUCCUGGUCGAGCCAAAAAGACAACAGAGGCACCCACAUCACCCACGACCGAAUCCAAGGCGCCAGAUAUUCCCUCCAAAACGACCAUCUCUCCGAAAUCAUCCAAGCCGGGUCUGCCUGCUCCCAAUCCUACCACUUCGAAGGAAGCAUCACAGACAACACUUCCUUCCCCACCGGAACCACUGGUAACAAGCGCUCGCAUCGCAAGCACCGAAAUUUUGCCUCUGGAAACCACACCUCUGGAAACUACCCAACGGGUCACUGGCCCUACUGCAUUCUCGCCUCCCGCAUUCUCGGCUUCAGCAGAUAUAACUACUCAAGAUGUAGCUCCUCCGCCUUCUACCACAUUGCCUCUGGUGGCUCCGAUGGGACCGAGCUCAUCAACCUCAUCGCUACCCACGUCGACAAUAGGGCCCACGUCCACAGACCGGCCACCCAACUCCAUCAACUCCAUCCCCAAUGGUAACAGACAGCUGAGCAGUACAGCCGCAAUAGCCAUAGGGGUCAUAGUUGGUCUCCCUGUUAUCAUCGCCCUGAUCUUCCUAGCGUGGAAAUACCGAAGCUAUACGGCCCGGGCCCGCAUCGUGAGCCGAUUCAGAAGGGUGAGAGAGCGAAUGCAAAAUUCCCAGCGCCAUGCCGCACGAAGCGAUCCUUCCAUGAGCGAGUCACUUCUCGGCAAUGAAGCAGAUAUCGAAACCGGCAGUGACAUCGACUACGCGAAGCCCCUGCCGUAUUGGGAUUCCCAUCAGAUCGUGACGCUGCCACAAACCACGCCAAUGGCCAUCGUGAGGCCGCGUCCAGUCCUACACCGAUCCGUUAGCCGGUUGAUGCGUCCAGAGCGUAAUUCCAUUCGAAGGGUGAAGGCAGUCGAGAACUCUCUCACUGAGGUUUCUCAACCUCCUCCCGGGUUUGGAGGCGUCCCCGAGCCGAUAGCAAUUGAACAGGGCAGUGGAGCACUAGGUGGCGAUAACAAUAUACCUCUUUGCCACGUCCAAGGAGUCGCAGAAACAAUACGGCCACAGUCUGAAGCGGCCUCAACGACAGCUGACGCGCACAGCGCCACAUCUGCUACUUCAAGCCCUACAUUCCGGAGUGCGGGUGACCGACGUACAAAUCAUUCCGGCUGGUCCGAGUGGUUUCUGCACCGCAGGUCCGAGGCUAGGCCGAUAUUGGCGGUGGUUGAACACAGCAGCAGCGCACCAGCUAGGGACAAUAUACCCCCAUGCUUUGUUCCAGACGUCGCAGAACCGACAUGGCUACAGUCGGAGGCGACGUCAAGAGCUGCCGACAGGCAACGGCGCAGUGCUAUAUCUGCCACUUCAAGUACUACAAGCUGGAGUGCAGGUGACCGAUACACAAGUCACUCCGGCUGGUCCGAGUGGUUCCGAAAUACCGCGCCCGAGGCCGAGCUCCAACCAGGUAUGAGACGAUGCAGUAGUGUGAGUAGUAUGGGGGGGAUGAGCAUCGCCAGCAGCGGAGUGCUCUCGCCGGCCUUUAGGAGCUGGCCGAUAGCACCGCCCACUCCAACGACGGCGUCCAUUGUCGGGCUGACAGCGGAAGGGGGUCAGGAGGUGAGAAAUGGAGGGAGUUCCACCGCAACUCAGUCAUGUAAACUCGUCGAACUCCACUGG